AUUUUGACUUACCUUAAUGCUGAUCUUUAUGGCAACCUCUGUCUCUGAAGUGGAAUAAAAUUCUGACAGUUGUCUAAUGCAGAAAGACAAAAAUAAGAGACAUUGUUCUGAAUUACUGUAAAUUUUAGAGUUGUAGAGCUAUCCAUAAAGUAGACUAUAAGUUAUAUAAACAGUGCAGUUAUGUAACAAUUAAAAUAGUUAUUAUUUGUUAUGUAACAAUUACAAUUAUUAGAUGCAUUUUGUUAUUACCAUUUUCAGUAAUAAGCAUGUGUGGUGCCUUAAACUCCUUUUUAUUUUUGAAUUGUAAAUACUGUACAUCUGUAUUAUUUAACUGUAUAAUCUCCGUUUACUGUAUAUUAUUUAACUUAUUAUUUAACAUAUUAUUUAACAAAUGUUUUUGUUUAGAGGAAAGAUGAACAGGAUAUGUAAAUGAAAAAAAAAGAUCCAACCCUAAACCUAGAUAUGCUUUUGCAUUAUGGUGAUUGUAGCCUAUGCUACAUUUUAAAAUAUAGCACAGCUUUACUUUAAAAAAACAUUUUCCUACAAACACUGCAUACUUCUCUGACUUAUAGUUCACACUUACAAGUUGGAUAUGUCUAUGGUUGGAUGAAUCCAGGCGCAGGAUAUGGGAUAACGGGGCUGGAUGUGGAUUUGUGCUAAACAAUGGCACCAAGUGGUUAAAUCUGGAAAUCUGGGAAUUGGAUCAUCUCAAACAGUGUGGACUGAACACAUAAGGGAGAUUUCCAGAGAUGCUAAAGAAUUCCUGAUCUCCAGUGAUCUUGAAACACAGAUAGCCAGGAGAUUGUAGGAAACAUCCAGAAGUACUAAACAAAAACAAGACCUGGAAAUUAUUGUUUGUUUGCUUUGCUCUAAACUAAUGGUCAUUGAGCUCUAGAUCCUGUGAUGGUAUGGAUAUUUAACCAAAAGUGUGUUUCAUCUCUUGGUUUGGUAAAGCUGAGCCAAUUAUGAAUUAGCCAAUACUAAAACCAGUAGCAAAAUUUUGCUAGCUCCAGCUACAUCAUUUACAACAGCCACUGGAAUUCUGGGAAACAGAAUGCCAGCCAAGACACCUAUGUAUUUAAAGACACCCAUACCAAAGCAUGGCAAAAAGGUAAAACUGAGGGAUGUUCUUUCUAGUGAUAUGAUCAGCCCUCCUCUAGGGGACUUGCGCCACAGUGCCCAUGUUGGACCGGAGGGGCAGGGUGACAUGUUCGGAGAUGUUGGCUUCCUACAAGGCAAACUGGACAUGUUACCUGCCUUAGCACACCCAUCACAUCCCUCUUCAAACAGUAUGAGCAGGCAUGUUGAGGACAUGUUUGAGGUAAAAGGCCUACAGCACAGUUAUGACCUCCAUCAUAACUCAAAUCACAGCUCCAUUCUUAAAAGCACUAUCUCAAUGCCUGCCUUCAUUGCCCCUGAGCAGCCACCUCCUAAACCUCCUCGUCUCCACUUAGAGGAAAGCUCCAUGCAGCAAAAGAACCACCACAAUCAGCAGCAACACUCCAUGUCUGUGUGUGCAGAAGGGGUUGGACACUACCGAGAACCCUACCAUGACUUCACCCUAUCUGCCUCCAUCCCCAUCUUGAGACACCUUUUGCCCUCUGCUGCUUCUUUCUCUGAGGCCUCCUCAGAUGAUUCUAUGUCCGAGGGCUGUGUUCCACCGGACCCUAAACGAGGCCUGAGCCUGGACUCUGAUGCUGGCCUGAGCAACGAGGACCUGCGAAGUGAACACAGUGAGUCUCCCGCAUUCUCUCCCACCAUGUCACGCUCAGAGUCUCUCGCUGGCCUCGACCUGGAUCUCGGACCAUCCAUUCUGGAGGACGUUCUCAGGAUAAUGGACCGUUACAAAAGUGUGAACAACAGGUGUGAGCUGUGAGCUGGCAAAGAGUCUUUGAACAUUGUAAUGUGCAUAUCCUUGCUUGGCCUUGUACUUCCCAUGCUCAGGGGAUAGUUACCACUUGCUGGACACAGGAGUAACCGGAUUUGACAGAAUGACUACAAACUGAUAACUGCAUCUCUUACUGUGUAAAUAUCCAUCAGAAAUAGAGAUGCAGAGUGGAAAACUGGUUUUGUAUGUUGUUUAUAUUGUACAUUUACAUUAUUACAUUGAAAAUCUACUCAAUGUAAAUGGACUGACUUUUUUGCUGCCUUACAUUGUAAUUUAAAAGUACUUAAUCAUGGAACAAAUCCAGUGCAAAAAAGAGUGGUUACAUUUGCACAUUAGUAAAUUCAUGACCUGUGUGAAAUACUGACUUGUUUGUUACUUUUAAGCUAUAUCUGUGAUUGAAACCAGUUCAUCUUGAUGUCCAUGUUUAUAGGUUUCCAUUGUUUUCAUCUUUGGAUAUUCUAUCACAAACACAGUUCAUUAUUGAAAUGAGACAUGGGUUUAACAUGGCCAUGGAAAUAAAAUAUUACUGAAACCAAUUCAAGUAUUUUUUUUUUUCAUCCCAUUGAUAUGAUUGUAUACAGUGCAAAAAAAGGAUAUUACCUCAGGACCAUCGGUUCAGGAAAAUUAUACAAAUAAACUGAUAAAAAAAAACCCUGGCUGUGCAAUAUAGUGCAAAAACAUUACAGUACAAAUGCAACUUAAGCACAGCAUGCACAAAUACAAAAUGCAGACUAACUACAGGAGUGUUAUGUGGAUUUUACAGGGUUGUAUUCUGUGUUAGCUGAGCACUUGUCAAAUGUAUAAUGUCAUAAAUAGCAGCAAAUGAAUGUACAAAUGAUAUUGAUAUUAAUAUAUA